AUAUUUUCAAAAUAUAUAUAGUUAGUUAAAGAGAACUAGGUAUCUAUAAGGUCAUCCAUAUAAGGUUUGGGGUUAUUAGGAUUAUUAGGAGAAAUAGAAUUAGAAAAAUGGGGUUAUUAGGGUUACUAUAUGGUGUUGUGGUAUUGGGAAUAAUGAUGAUCUAUGUGUAUGGUUCAGUUAUUCCAGAAGCUACAUGGAAAGAAAUAAUGAAUGUGAAUAAGGAAGGGACAUAUAUUGGAAUAGUGGUUCCAAAUGCCUUUGAGCUCAAACCUCUUCUUCAAUCACCUAGCUUUGUGCCUCAUCACAAGUUUCCUAACCUUGAUUUUGCCGGAAAGCGUUUUCGCAUUGGUGAAUUAGAAAAGAAGAGGGUUGUAGUUGUUAUGUCAGGUUUGAGCAUGCUUAAUUCCGGGCUUUCAACUCAAUUGUUGCUUACUCUCUUCAAUGUAGAAGGAGUUCUUCAUUAUGGAAUUGCAGGAAAUUUGAAUCCAAAUCUCCAGAUUGGAGAUGUUACUAUUCCUAAGUAUUGGGCCCACACAGGACUUUGGAAUUGGCAGAGGUUUGGAGAUGGUCCUAAUGAUGAACUUGCUUUGGAAGUCAAUGGUGAUUACAGUAGAAAAUAUGGUUAUCUUAAAUUUUCCAAUUACAAUAACUACACAAAAGAUUCCAAUUAUUCUAAGCCAGUGAGGAAUCUUCUAAACAAUGUAUGGUAUCAAGCAGAGGAAAUUUUCCCAGUGAAUGGUGUUCCUGAAGUUAGGCAGCAUGCUUUCUGGGUUCCAGUUCACAAGAAAUACUAUCAAAUCGCAAAGCAGCUUAAGAAUGUUAAAUUGAGUGGCUGUGUGAACACAACAACAUGCUUGCCAAGAAAUCCAAGUGUGGUGAGAGUGAAGAAAGGGAUUACUGCCAAUGUGUUUGUUGACAACCAAGCUUAUAGAGAAUUCUUGAACUCCAAAUUUGGUGCCACCCCAGUGGACAUGGAAACCGCCGCAGUUGCUUUAGUUUGUUUUCAGCAGAGAAUACCUUUCAUUGCCAUUAGAGCACUAUCCGAUUUAGCUGGUGGCGGUUCUGCAUUGUCCAAUGAAGCAGCUUUGUUCACCUCUUUAGCUUCCCAAAAUGCAUUUGAUGUUCUUCUCUCAUUCAUCUCCCUAUUGAAAAUUAAUUCUUAGCUUUGCCUUCCUUUGUUUUUUUUAAUUGUUGAAUUAGCUUUUCAAUUAAUCAAAAAGUGUAACCCCUAGUUAUUCUCAACGGCUAUGGGAAUUUUACUAUAUUAUUGUUUAACUUUCUCUUAAUAAUCUAAAAUCAAAUCACUCUUGUUUAA